GGCUUAGCUUUGUUUAUAUGGUUUGAGAUUUUAGCUUCUCACUUGAUACAUAUGUAUAACAAUACUCUUCUCUUCAAACAAUUGGUUUUAAUAUGCAGGCUGAAGGAUCAUCAGCUGAAUCUAUAGCUGCUCUGGCCAAAGUUGAUACUGUUAAGCAGAGAAUGGAAGCUGCUUAUGAGACAUUGCAGGAUGCUGCUGGGUUAACUCAAUUAAGUUCAACUGUGGAAGAUGUUUUUGCCAGUGGUGAUCUUCCAAGGGCUGCAGAAACCUUAGCCAACAUGAGGCAUUGCUUGUCUGCUGUUGGGGAGGUUGCUGAAUUUGCUAAUGUGAGAAAGCAACUCGAGGUCCUAGAGGAUAGGCUAGAUGCAAUGGUGCAGCCACGUUUAACAGAUGCAUUAUCCAGCCGAAAGAUAGACAUUGCUCAAAAUUUGCGGGGUAUUCUCAUUCGAAUUGGAAGAUUCAAAUCACUGGAGCUACAUUACACAAAAGUUCACCUAAAGCCCAUAAAACAGCUCUGGGAAGAUUUCGAUUCAAAACAACGUGCUAUUAAGCUUGCAAAUGAGAAGACUGAAUCUGAAAGGCUGUCAAGCCAUGAGUUUCAAUCAAGCUCUUCGACAAUUUCAUUCACAAGUUGGUUGCCAAGCUUCUAUGAUGAGUUGAUUCUUUAUCUUGAGAAAGAGUGGAAGUGGUGUAUGGUUGCUUUUCCUGAGGAUUAUAAAACUCUUGUACCAAAGCUACUGAUCGAGACAAUGGCAACUAUUGGAGCAAGCUUUAUUUCACGUAUCAACCUUUCAAUUGGAGAAGUUGUUCCUGAAACAAGAGCUUUGGGAAAAGGUUUAUUAGAUAUUAUGUCUGGUGACAUGCCAAUGGGAAUUAAGAUUCAGAGGAAACAUUUGGAGGCAUUGAUUGAGUUACACAACGUGACACAGACUUUUGCUAGAAAUAUUCAACAUUCCUUUUCAGAUUCUGAUCUUCGAGUUCUAAUGGAUACACUGAAGGCAGUGUACUCUCCCUUUGAAUCAUUUAAACAAAGGUAAGCAAUCAUAAACUUUUUUGCACUUCCACAUUCUUCUAAAAUAUCUAGGUUUUUUUU